AUGAAUGACAACGAGUCGAUUUGGUCAGAUUUUAGUAUAUUGAAACCUGACCUGAGUUGAAAGAGGAGGGACAUUUUAGUGAUUUUACUGUUUUAACAAAUGAAAGAAGAGGGACAUUUUCGGUAAUUCGAUGGACUCAGUUUCAGGCAACCUUCUUCUUCUUCAGGGCUGAAUUUUUUUCCCCGGCGAUGCGAAGCUGAGGGCCCGACCUUCAUUUUCGUCGCCGAUUAAAAGCUCAAAGAGGGUUAAGAGAGCAGAAAAAAGAAUGCUCUUCUAGUCGUUAGUCAGUCAUCCGAUUUUGCUCAGUUGGCGGCGAUUCUGAAAAUGAGUCGAAUUAGGGGCUCUCUAUGGCUGGCAAUUACGAUACUGAGUCUGACCAUAACUCAGUCAUUUUCAGCGUCUCAGGCGCACCGGAGAGAUCCAGGCCACCCCCAAUGGCACCACGGAGCUUUUCAUGACGUCAAAGAUACUGUCCGAUCCGAACUUCGUCAAAUGCUCCAUUCUCGAGCUGAGGUCCCAUUUCAAGUCCCUCUUGAAGUGAAUGUAGUUCUAAUUGGAUUUAAUGGAGAUGGAGGCUAUCGGUAUACUGUAGAUUCUCAAAAGUUGGAGGAAUUUCUUAGAGUCAGUUUCCCAUCUCACCGUCCCUCAUGUUUAGAGACAGGACAGCCACUUGACAUUGAGCAUCACAUUGUUUAUAAUGCAUUUCCGGUUGGCCAACCGGAAUUAAUAUCUCUGGAGAUUGCAUUGAAGGCAGCCAUGGUUCCUUCUGGUACAGCAAGAGAGGCUGACUUUGGAAGAGAUGUGCCUUUGUUUGAGGUUGAUGCGACUGGUGUAGAGCCAGAAUUUCAGAAGCUGUAUACAUACCUUUUUGAUAUUGACUCAGGAGUACAUUAUGGGGAGGAGAUAGACAAAGCCUGGCCAACUGCAGUUUUUAUUGUCAAUUUUGAUAAGGUUAGGUUAGACCCUAGGAAUAAAGAUAUCGAUCUUGAAAGUUUGAAGUAUGGAAGAAUUUCACAACUUGCUGAGGAAGAGUUGAAAAAACAAGAAGCAGACUACAUAUAUCGGUAUCGCUAUAAUGGCGGUGGGGCUACUCAAGUUUGGCUUGGCUCUGGCAGGUAUGUUGUGAUUGACCUCUCAGCAGGUCCCUGUACUUAUGGAAAGAUUGAAACUGAAGAAGGAAGCAUCAGUGCCAGGUCACUGCCUAGGUUGCGAAAUGUAGUUUUUCACAAUGCCGCUGGUACUGUUAGUGAGCAUUAUGCUCACAACAUUUUUGUUGGGCAGCUUGCAUCUCUAAUUGCUACGACAACUGAGCAUGUCAUUGCUCCCGAUGUUAGAUUUGAAACAGUUGACAUGACUACAAGAUUGCUUGUUCCAAUUAUUGUUUUACAUAAUCAUAACCGCUACAACAUAAUGGAGAAAGGCCACAAUUACAGUAUUGAUGUUGGUGCAAUUGAGAAUGAGGUUAAGAAACUUGUUCACCAAGGACAGGAAGUAGUGAUUGUUGGUGGUUCACAUGCCCUACAUCACCAUGAGAAGUUGGCUAUUGCUGUAUCUAAAGCAAUGCGUGGCCAUUCACUUCAAGAAACCAAGAAAGAUGGACGUUUUCACGUUCACACAAAAAUGUAUCUGGAUGGUGCAAUCCUUAAAGAGGAGAUGGAGCGAUCGGCAGAUGUGCUAGCUGCUGGUUUACUUGAGGUUGCUAAUCCAUCACUGGCAAAUAAAUUUUUCCUCCGCCAGAAAUAUGGAAAACAGAAUAAGAAGAAGAAAGAAUCGAUGUAUAAACGGGGGAAUCUCUAUAGGACCUAUGGCACUAGAGUCAUUCCAGUUUUUGUGUUAUCAUUAGCUGAUGUGGAUGAACAUCUUAUGAUGGAAGAUGAAAGUCUUGUUUGGACCAGCAAGGAUGUAGUUAUUGUACUCCAGCAUCCUAAUGAUAAAAUCCCUUUGAGCUAUGUUUCGGAACUGGAGAGAAGGCAUGCUAAUCCAUGGCAAGUGGAACGACAUAUAAUCGCAGGGGUGGCAUCUGUUGUAGGUGGUUUGAGUGCCCCAUAUGAAAAGGCUUCUCAUGUUCACGAGAGGCCUGUUGUAAAUUGGCUCUGGGCGACUGGUUGCCAUCCCUUUGGACCAUUCUCUAACACUUCUCAUAUCAGUGAAUUGCUUCAAGAUGUUGCAUUGAGGAACACGAUAUAUGCACGAGUUGAUGCUGCCCUACGCCGAAUUCGGGAGACUUCAGAGGUUGUCCAAACUUUUGCUUCAGAACAUCUGAAAACUCCACUUGGUGAACCGGUGAAGGGUAAAAAGAACAAGUCAAGCACUGAGUUGUGGGUGGAAAAAUUCUACAAGAAAACAACCAACUUACCUGAACCAUUCCCCCACGAGUUGGCUGAACGGCUAGAAAAAUACUUGGAUAGCCUAGAGGAACAGCUUGUGGAUUUAUCUUCACUAUUGUACGACCAUCGAUUACAAGAAGCAGACACAAACAGCAGUGAGAUUUUCCAAAGUUCCAUCUUCACACAGCAGUACGUGGAGCAUGUUUUGGCGAACGAAAAGGAGAAGAUGAAAUGUUGUAGCAUAGAGUACAAGGUUCCUGUCCAGUCUUCUCAAAGUCUGAUAUAUGCAGGAAUUCUAUUGGCUGGCUUUUUUGUUUACUUUGUUGUUAUUUUCUUCUCUUCCCCUGUAAGAUAAACAAUAUAAAGUAAAGAAAGACUAGAACCGCUUAAUUUUUGUUUAGAGUUGAAAGAAACAGUUAGAUGGGAACUUAAAGAAACAAUAUGAUGCUUUGAUCUGUCCAAUGUCACUUGCUUUAAACCAGCAUGUUUGUAGUCAGGUGGAAACCCUGCUUUGUAUUGAAUGCUUGCCAAUUCAGGUUUGGAAUUUUGAGUGGAGCUCCUAUGAUAUUGGCCUC